CGAGAAGGUAGCGGAGAAUACGGCUCGAAAGUAAAGGGGGGAGAAACAACAACAGUGGCGAGCAGUCUUCACCGCCGAUGCCGGAGCCCUGGGGGUAACUGCAGACCAGCCGGGGCAGAGACGACCUCUGCGCGCGCUCCUGCCUCCGUCUUGCCGGUGACGCCUGCCCGGAUGCAGGCAGACGGGGGCUGCACACACGGAACGUUUGUCGGGUCGCCUGCGUUAGCCGCGGAGCUAACCUGCUAGCCAUGUUGGCUAGCUGACAGUUAGCGGGAAGAUAAGCAUACACACAGAGUGACAGCGGGGGAGAUAUUCCACGUAAAUAUUUACUGCUGCGCCACAGAAUCCGCAGACUGAAAUUCUUGGUGGCUAGUUCUGCGGGUGAGAAAUUGGAUUUAACUCUGGGCAGAGGCUUAGCCAGGUGGUUGGCUGGCUAACAUUGCGGAUUUCUGGUCCUCGACGUUAGCAGACGUCAGGAGCGUGCUCAGCUGUUCUGAGUUGUAUUCGAGGGUUGUUGUUUUUUUUUUCUCUCCCCCCCCCCCCCCCCCCCCCCGACACAUUGGAGGCACACAAGGAAGACCUAGACGACUUGGUACUCCAGGACUUUGCUCAGCAGAGCUGGGUCCCACAGAGUCGCUGACAUAAAACGGCCUGUCGGGAACCACCGGCGCCGAGGAGAUCCCAGCGUUACCCGCCGCAGCAGCAGGCGCUAAUCCACUCGGCUUCGUGAUGGCCCAUUCUCCCGUGCAGGGCAACCUGCCGGGGAUGCAGAAUGCCAGAGUGGACCCCGAAGAGUUGUUUACCAAGCUGGAGCGCAUCGGCAAGGGUUCUUUCGGCGAGGUGUUCAAAGGUAUCGACAAUCGCACGCAGAAGGUGGUGGCCAUCAAGAUCAUUGACCUGGAGGAGGCGGAGGACGAGAUCGAAGACAUCCAGCAGGAAAUCACGGUGCUCAGCCAGUGCGAUAGCCCCUUCGUCACCAAGUACUACGGCUCGUACCUGAAGGACACAAAGCUAUGGAUCAUCAUGGAGUAUUUAGGAGGAGGCUCUGCUUUAGAUUUGAUGGAGCCCGGACCUCUAGAUGAGACCCAGAUCGCCACGAUCCUCAGAGAGAUCCUGAAAGGCCUGGAGUAUCUGCACUCCGAGAAGAAGAUCCACAGAGAUAUUAAAGCGGCAAACGUUCUGCUAUCCGAGCAGGGAGAGGUGAAGCUGGCAGAUUUUGGCGUGGCUGGCCAGCUGACUGACACUCAGAUCAAACGCAACACCUUCGUGGGCACGCCCUUCUGGAUGGCACCAGAGGUGAUCAAGCAGUCGGCCUACGACUCAAAGGCGGAUAUCUGGUCGUUGGGUAUCACAGCCAUUGAAUUGGCCAAAGGCGAGCCGCCCCACUCGGAUUUGCAUCCCAUGAAGGUUUUAUUCCUGAUCCCAAAGAACAACCCGCCCACGCUGGAGGGCAGCUACUGCAAGCCGCUCAAGGAGUUUGUGGAGGCCUGCCUCAACAAAGAGCCCAGUUUUAGGCCAACAGCCAAAGAACUGCUCAAGCACAAACUGAUCGUCCGCUACGCCAAGAAGACUUCAUAUCUGACCGAGCUGGUGGACAAGUACAAGAGAUGGAAAGCAGAGCAGUCCAGAACCGCAGAGUCCAGUUCUGAUGAGUCGGACUCAGAGCAGGAUGGUCAGGCGUCGGGUGGGAAUGACUUUGGCAGUGAUGACUGGAUCUUCACCAUCCGAGAAAAAGACCCCAAGAAGCUACAGAACGGAGAAGGACAGUCGGGAGUAACAGACCAGACAAAAGACAUUCCAAAGAGGCCUUUUUCACAGAGCCUGGCUGCAGUCAUCUCUCCUGCAUUGGCCGAGCUAAAGGCACGACAGGAGAAGGUCAAUGGGAACCCCAUGGUCCUGGACGAGCUGAAGGAGGCGAUCCUGCUAGCGGAGGAGGCCUGUCCCGGGAUCUCUGACUCCCUGGUGGCUCAUAUGGUUCACCGGCUGCAGAGCUUCUCCACAAGUAGGACUUCCUCUACCUCCCCGUAGUGACCAGCUAUGUGCCCUAGCUUUUCUCUCCCAGACCCCCCCCACGCCCACCAACGCCCCAGCCAGCUCAGAGGGGUUCAAAGUUGGGAGUGAAGUCAUUCAAUACCAGCUAGCUGCAUUUUGACCUCGACGUGAGAGAGGCCGCUAACCUAGCCUGAAAAAGAAAAAUAAUUGAUGAUAAUAAUAUUCAGAAGAACUGAACUCCACAAGAGGAGAGCAGAAGAACUUUGGAGAGCUUCUUUCAUCCAUUAAUGAGAGGAGAAGUCUGUCCGAAUCUGCAUGGACUCCGUUCAGCGCAGAACCACCCCCCUGAAUUCACAACCAGACUCCAGCUCCUCCUCCCCCUGACUGGAAUGCAGGCGCCACAUCCCUAAAUCCUCUGAGAGCAUGCUUGAAGAACCUGCAGGGAUGCGAUCAACAAGCUGUGUAUGUGCGUGUGCCUGUUUCUCCUCCCGCCGUGCGUUCAACUCCCCGUUUUGGCUAACUGCAGCAUUCUUAAUGAAACCUCAGGUAAAGUGCUUUAAGUGGACUGUGUCCUCCGAGGCAGAGGGGGGGGCGGGGCUUCGCCAUGCUGUACAUGACUACAAGUUAUCAUAAAUCACUGUGUACAAAAUGGGGUCAUUUUGUAGAUACUGAUUCAAGAAGAAAACGUUGAAAACAUCUCACAAGUAUCUGCAGCAGAAGAAGACGGAAUGCCUUGCCUUUUUUUUCAGAUCAACUCUCCUGCCUUCUCGCAUUUCAUCCGACAUUUCAUCUGACAAUUUAUCAGUGUUUCUUUUUUUUGACUGACGUCCAGUCUUCCAUUUCAAUCUCCUGCUGAAAAUCAUGGAAUUAACUCGGAUACUAAGCUUACUUUUAGAGGCACAAGUCUGUGUUUGUAGUCGGAGGAAAACCUGCAACUUGUACUUAUGUUUAGACAAUUGAGUUCUUUUUUUAUUUUUUAAGUCCUGUUCAGGAGAGUGGUAGCAGACAAUUUCAAGGGGAGCAACUAGCGCGGAGUGUAAUGCUGAUAUCAUUUUGAGUAUUAUGGUUGUUGUUUGUUUUUUUUCCCUCGGCUCGUAUUGUUUUUUUUCUUAGCUGUACUUUAGACCUAAAGUGGAGGCGAGGAAGAAGCGGCAAGGAGCACGGACGGCAAUCACACGGCGACACUUCGCUAGCGGCCAAACUGAGACGAUAAGAACCAAGCUAUCCUCGCUGCAGUCAUUUCACACCUCCACUAUAGAAGUGCCAUGUCCGCUUUUAUGCUUUCACCAGACAUUUGUAGUAUUAUUAUUUGCACCUUUUUUUUUUUUUCUUCUAAUUUUCAGAUCAAAUUUUUCGUUUUCUUUUUUUUUUUGCACUUUGAAAGUUUGUCAAGUAUUUAAAGAAUCCUGCAAAACAGGGGGGGGGGGGGGGGGGGGGCAACGGAAAACAAUUGCUAAUAGCCAUGUUUUACUAUAUAUGUUUACUUAAGAGUUCCAGAAUUUACUACUGUGCUAUUGCAGCAAUAAUGUUGAGGAGAUGCAUCAAGAUGCACUCGUCAACCCAGGGAUUGAAAGAAAUUAAGAAAUAUCUGAUAUUUUUAUAACAGCAAAGAGUUAAGUAUGGAAAAUAUGGAAUGCUUUAUGGAUACGGGCACCUGCCUUUGGCAAAAAAAAACAAAAGAAGAAAAUAUCUAUACCUUACAGAGGAGAAAACAUAUGCUAUGGAAAUAACAAAAUGUGUACAUUUGGUCUCCUUUAUCCUAGCUGACAAUUUAUAGUACUGUAUAUAAUCUUUGCUUGUGUCAUUUGAAAAUUCCCAAGUUAAAUGUAAGCUCCUUGUAAGCUUCGAAGUGACAUGAGAAAUAAAGAUCUAAUGCUAACUGA